UCCGUGGCCGUGGAUAAUGUCGCCGGUCAAUCGAGUGCUCCUCAGAUAAUCGAAUGGGAGGAGACCGAUCGUUACUCCUUCGACGAUUCUGACCGUUUCGAGGAGGAUUCUCUGUGCAGCUGGAGCAGCGAGCCGGAAUCGUUGUGUAAUAAUUGGAGGGGAUGGCGACGACCUACCGCUGGUUUCGGCAUUACCAAGAAGUUUACGGAAGAUGGACAAACAGUGCCGACGCUGUGCGAACUCGCCGCGCGAUGUGUCGCCUCUCACAUCCCGUUCGAACUGGUGGAGCACGUUUAUCCACCGGUUCCAGAGCAAUUGCAGCUCAGGAUAGCGUUCUGGAGUUUUCCGGACAACGAGGAAGACAUCAGACUCUACUCUUGUUUGGCGAACGGAAGCGCGGACGAAUUCCAGCGUGGAGAACACUUCUUCCGGUCGAGGAGCGUCAAAGAUCCCCUACAAAUCGGGUUCCAUCUGAGCGCCACAGUAAAUUCACAGGGGUUGCUGAACGGGGUAAGAUCACAGUUCAAUGUGGCUGUGACGUUCGAUCGACGGAAGAUCACGUCGUGCAACUGCACUUGCUCCUCUAAGGCCUAUUGGUGCGCUCAUGUGGUCGCCGUAUGUCUUCACAGGAUACACAUGCCGACACAGGUGUGCCUGAGAGCUCCAGUUAGCGAAUCCUUGUCACGUUUGCACCGGGAACAACUGCAAAAGUUCGCGCAAUAUCUCAUCAGCGAGUUACCACAGCAGAUUUUGCCCACUGCCCAACGAUUGUUAGACGAGCUGCUGUCGGUUCAACCGAGUACCAUCAACAGUUAUUGCGGUGCCCCGGAUCCCACGGCAGGUGCCUCAGCCCACGAUCAAACGUCUUGGUAUCUCGAUGAGAAGACACUGCACGACAACAUCAAGAAGAUCCUCAUCAAGUUCUGCGUGCCCGCUCCGAUUGUCUUCAGCGAUGUUAAUUAUCUAAGCACCACUGCGCCUCCUGCAGCCGCCGAGUGGUCCUCGUUGCUGCGACCGUUGCGUGGUCGCGAACCGGAAGGCAUGUGGAACUUGCUGUCGAUCGUGCGCGAGAUGUUCAAGAGAACCGAUCGCAACGCUAUACCAUUGUUGGAGAUCAUCACCGAGGAGUGUAUGGCAUGCGAGCAGAUCCUCGUGUGGUGGUUCAACACAAAGGUAGCUUUGUUGAACGGAACCGGAUAUGGCGGUAAGCACAACAUGAACAGCAAUGUGCACGCCUCGCAGCACGCCUGCUCGUCCCUCUGCGAUGAGAUUGUCGUCCUAUGGCGACUGGCUGCCUUGAAUCCUGGAUUAUCGCCCGCCGAACGAGAUAUGCUCCACGGACAGUUUACUGCUUGGCACAUGAAGAUCAUCGACAAGGUAACAAAAAGUCGGGGCAGUUCGGUGACGCACAAUUCACAUAACAGAAAUAAUGGCGGUGGUCACAAGGAUUCAUUGAAGAACGACCUGGCUGUGUUCACCGGAUUUAAAUCGGCGCUCGAGGCGUGCUAUCUGGAUUGGGAGGAGUACACCUUGCCUGGUAUCACGUACACCGCCGGAAGCAAUCCCAUGUAUCAUUGUCCAUUCACCUGCUUUCGGCAUGCUGGCGAUACUAGGACCGAGGUGAACCAGGUGAAUUCGAGUGCAGCCGUGUUAAACUGUCAACCGCCCGUUUCCCAUCACCAUGGUCGACGACCAUUGAGUUUAGGCCUGGUAGAGUUUAGUUAUAUGGAUAGAAGGCGGCUGAACCCGCGGGAGUGUUCAGGACUAUGUUCACGAAGCGGUGGCGGUGAUGGAAACCGAAGCAGCGUCAGCUCAGAAGGUUUCUGCGAGAAUGAGACCGACAUGCCCGACAUUGCUGAACCUCAAGUAGUUCUCGUUAGAAGAUCUUGCGCUCAACUAAAUAAUUGCGGGGAUACAGACUCGCAGGAGGGUGGUGGCAGCGAGUCGUCCUCGAACAGUAACGUCAGUCUGAAGAACGCUCAAAACUCGGACAAGCACCGCUCAAAUGCUUCGUCCGAGACCCAUAGUGAUAGUAGUGAUAGUAGUAAUAACAAAGCUGCCUGCGAUGCGAAGUGUAGCAGGACGAAUCUCGACUAUCGGGAGAAAUCGCGAACGGUGUUGCCUAAAGGAAAUAGUUCGAAGAGCGAGCAGGAGUCUGACCUAGAAAAGGAUCCUUCCAGAAGACCAUCUAAGGACGAGAGCUCUUCGUCGAGUAGCGACAGCCCGUCUGGUGACGAGUAUCAUGUUUAUUAUUAUGAUCCUAAAGCUGUGGUGAAUGGCGCUUCGGGCAAAGACUCCAAGAAUGAAUCACAAUCAACGUCUACUGCAAACGCGAGUACAGUGUUGGGCAAUCUAAUGAAAACAGAAGAUCCGUGGGACAUCCUAUUCGCUAGGGCUGAGGGACUCUACGCUCACGGCCACACGAGGGAAGCUUGUAUUUUGGGUGUUCAACUUGGCGAGGAACUGUUGGCUAAUCCACCAAAUCUCAUGAUCGAUGAACCUCCGGCGCCGGUGAAGGGGAAAAAGAAGAAGCAACAAGUAAACCCGGCGUCCCAUCAGCUCACGUGCCUUGCGUCCGCCACCUUGGCCAAAUGUUGCUUCCUGUGCACGGUCCUCGCGGAGAACCCGGAAUACUACAAUCUAGCGUUCAGGGUUGGCUUGUUUGGUCUCGAGAUGGCUAGACCACCUGCCAACACGAAACCGUUGGAGGUUAAAUUGGCUCAUCAGGAAAGCGAGUUAGUUGGAUUAUUAAAGAAAAUCCCACUUGGUCCAGCUGAAUUGGCAAUGGUUCGGCAAAGAGCGGAACAACUGAGAGACGGAGUACUAAGAUCCAGAGGUCACGCGUUGCUUCCAAUCAUGUUGGCUAGCUUCAUAUUCGACGCCCUUAACACGUCAAGAGUAAAACACCUGUCCUCAGACGUUGACGAGAAUCUUGGGUUCGACGCGGCCGUUGCUGCUUUGGGCUUGAAGGCGAAUGUGAGCGAAGCUGAUCAUCCUCUUCUUUGCGAGGGAACUAGACGCCAGAGAGGAGAUUUGGCCAUCACAUUGCUUGUUCACUACAAGGAUGAUCCUACAAAGGUAGCGAGAAUCAUGGAUAAAUUGUUGGAUCGAGAUGUUCAUCAAUUGAUUAAGUCACCAAUCCUUAGUAGCUAUUAUACCUCUAAUCCUCCAACUAAGAGUGAGAUGACAAGAUAUCUUCAUGACGAAGAGUGUUCUUCUCCCCUUGCUAGAAUGGAUGCUGGAAAUGGUGAUAGUGUCGUUGGUACCAGCAGCAGACCACAUAGCAGUACCAGUGCAGAAUUGGAAAGUGGUAUGAGUGCACUCACGGUUCAGACACAGAUCGUUCAACAACCUGUGCCUGCAAGAGCUAAAGAAACAAGAUAUAAAAGCAAGAGAGUAUAUCCAUCAAUCCCCAACCAGCCAUCAGAAGCAGGCGCACACUUUAUGUGUGAGUUGGCAAAGACUGUUCUCACAAAAGCUGGUGGUAACAGUUCCACCUCUUUAUUCACGCAAGCAUCCACGAGUCAGAAUCAUCAUGGACCACACAGAGCUCUCCACAUGUGUGCUUUUCAACUUGGUCUCUACGCUCUUGGACUUCAUAACUGCGUCACUCCUAACUGGCUCAGUCGUACCUACUCCAGUCAUGUAUCCUGGAUCACUGGUCAAGCGAUGGAAAUAGGAGCACCAGCGAUCUCGUUCCUAAUCGAAAGUUGGGAGGGACAUUUAACGCCUCCUGAAGCUGUUGGUAUAGCCGACAAAUCGUCCAGGGGAAGCGAUCCUAAUAUGGUUCGAGCAGCCGCAGAACUUGCUCUGUCUUGCUUACCACACGCUCACGCGCUCAAUCCUAACGAAGUACAGAGGGCCAUUUUGCAGUGUAAGGAACAAAGUGAUCUGAUGUUAGAGAAAGCUUGCAUCACGGUGGAGAACACGGCAAAGGGAGGCGGUGUUUAUCCAGAAGUACUGUUUCAAGUGGCCAAAUAUUGGUACGAGCUGUAUCUCAGGCACACUCCUGGUGGAGAACAGCAAGAUGAUAUGCCACACGAUCCUCUUCAACUAGAUCUUAACGGAGUGCUUCUGGUGGAAUCUGGUCCUCCAGUGGACAUGACCACUGCACAAAUGAUGCCUGGACCAACUCAAACGGUUGUUGUGACCAGCACACAACCUCCUCCUCAACCAUAUCCAACGCAUCCAACUAUAACCACGCUAGCGCCUUUAGGAGUUGGUAUGCCAUAUGCAGUGAGCCCUUACAGUUUUGUGCAUCCUCACCAUUCAAUUCCGACCUUUGGUGGACCAAUGCCAUCACAUAGGGUAACUCUACCACCAGCACCACCACAUAUGCAAAUGUAUCAUGCGGCAUUUCCGCCUCAUCCGGGUCAUCCACAGCAUCCGCAACAUCCCCAACAUCCCCAACAUCCUCAGCAUCCACCACAUCCGCCACAUCCACAGCAUCCGCAACAUCCUCAUCAUCCGUCACAAUCUGCGCAACCACCAUCGCUGCCGCCAUAUUACACGUCGCAACCGCAACCACCACCGGGAACUCAUCAUUUGUUCACCAUGCAACAGCCUAUGCCAGUUAAUGUUCAAGCUGGAGUUACGGGACCCAUUCCCGGGCAGAACAACAUGCCUGGGUCUGCUCUAGUUCAGGCACAGCCUAUAAUAUCCACUGUAAGAACUCAGCCUCAGGUCCAUAGACAAACUCAACCCUUCAGUCAGCAGCAGCUUCGUUCUCUAGUUGCUGCAUACCGUGUGGGAAUGUUAGCAUUGGAAACGUUAGCUCGUCGCGUACACGACGACAGACCUCAGGCAAAAUACGCGCGGAAUCCACCUUAUGGGGAAGAUGUGAAAUGGUUGUUAAGAGUGUCGAAGCGUCUCGGCACACAAUAUCUUCAUCAACUUUGUAUUUGUACAGUGAACAGCAUCGUUAGUCCCUUCGUUCUUCAUGACGUUGCAUUGGAAGCAGCGCUUUUUUUGGCUAGAAACAACCGGGCUCUUGUACUUCAACAUUUGAGAUCUGCUCUUUUGGCUCCUCUUGUCCUUAAGUGUCAACAAAUGUACAUUCAGUGCAUGCAUCAGAAGCUAUACCACUUGACGGCAGGUGAGUACGAAGACUUUGUCAACGUAGUGUGCGCGGCUAGAGCAGCGUUUCACAUUACUCCGGAGGGCCAUGUUCAGUUCAAGGAGCGGCUUCAGUCCAUUAAAAGAUCUCAAUCCUGUACCAAAGAACUGUGGGCACAAAUCAACGCGGCACUACAACAGAACAGCAAAUGACACAGAGCGGAGCCAGGCGUGACGUGGCUCACCUCCCUUCCUCACCCUCCACCACCUCCGCCUCCUCCUCCUUCUCCACCAACGACGACAACAACCCUCGUGCUUCAGCACCAGCAUCCCUGUCAUUCUCAUCCACAGAGCGUCGUAUGCGUUCACGGUCUGGCUACCCUCGAUAAAUUGGAACAGGAUCUCCAUAACGUGCAUCAUCGACGUACGACUGUCACGUCGGUGGCAUCGAUCUCGAACGACCAUCGGACCAUCAGAACUAGGGACGGCCGAUAAUCGCAUGUUUAUCUUCGCCCAUUUCAAGGAAGAGAAACCAGAUCGAUACCAUCGAACGGGAAAAAUAUAUAUGACUUUCUGACCUUAGUUAAUGUGUUUGAUAGAGAUUGAACGAAAGGAAAAACGAGAGAAAGAGCAUGCGCGUGAGAGAAACUAUGAUACUAUAUCUUUAAUUAAGAGUGAAGUACGAAUGUAAAUGAUAAAAAGAAAACGGUAUGACGCCACGUUUUUUGCAAUUUAGCAAUUUAGACGUCACCGACAGUUUCCUGGAAGAUCGAGGAACGCAAUGUAGUAACAUAUUGAAGGCGCACCGUGUUGCGUACGUCGAUCGCUAAAGGCACCACUUUUUUCCUGCGUUUCGAAAGAAUAAAAUAAAGAAAAUAAUUAAAAAAAAUUGGAGGACU